GCGUCACCAGGACAACGGGCGUUGCCGGCGCCGUGUGACUCUGGGCUGUGGGCGCGCUUGUGGCUCUUCGGCCAUGGUUUUCUCAAAUAAUGAUGAAGGCCUUAUUAACAAAAAGUUACCCAAAGAACUUCUUUUGAGAAUAUUUUCCUUCUUGGAUAUAGUAACUUUGUGCCGAUGUGCACAGAUUUCCAAGGCUUGGAAUAUCUUAGCCCUGGAUGGAAGCAACUGGCAAAGAAUAGACCUUUUUAACUUUCAAACAGAUGUAGAGGGUCGAGUGGUGGAAAACAUCUCAAAGCGAUGCGGUGGAUUCCUGAGGAAGCUCAGCUUGCGAGGUUGCAUUGGCGUUGGAGAUUCCUCCUUGAAGACCUUUGCACAGAACUGCCGAAACAUUGAACAUUUAAACCUCAAUGGGUGCACAAAAAUCACUGACAGCACGUGUUACAGCCUUAGCAGAUUCUGUUCCAAGCUGAAACAUCUGGAUCUGACUUCCUGUGUGUCCAUUACAAACAGCUCCUUAAAGGGGAUCAGUGAGGGCUGUCGGCACCUGGAGUACCUGAACCUGUCGUGGUGUGAUCAGAUCACGAAGGAUGGCAUCGAGGCCCUGGUGCGGGGUUGUCGGGGCCUGAGAGCCCUGCUGCUGAGGGGCUGCACGCAGCUAGAAGACGAAGCUCUGAAACACAUUCAGAAUUACUGCCAUGAGCUUGUGAGUCUCAACCUACAGUCCUGCUCACGCAUUACGGAUGAAGGCGUGGUGCAGAUUUGCAGGGGCUGCCACCGGCUGCAGGCCCUCUGCUUGUCUGGCUGCGGCAACCUCACGGAUGCCUCCCUCACAGCCCUAGCCUUGAACUGCCCAAGACUUCAGAUCUUGGAGGCUGCCCGAUGUUCCCAUUUGACUGAUGCAGGCUUUACACUUUUAGCUCGGAAUUGUCAUGACCUGGAGAAGAUGGAUCUCGAAGAAUGCAUCUUGAUAACCGACAGCACACUCAUCCAGCUCUCCAUUCACUGUCCUAAACUGCAAGCCCUGAGCCUGUCCCACUGUGAGCUCAUCACGGAUGAUGGGAUCCUGCACCUGAGCAACAGUCCUUGUGGCCACGAGAGGCUGCGGGUGCUGGAACUGGACAACUGCCUCCUCAUCACUGACGUGGCCCUGGAGCACCUGGAGAACUGUCGUGGCCUGGAGCGCCUCGAGCUGUAUGACUGCCAGCAGGUCACCCGCGCGGGCAUCAAGCGGAUGCGGGCCCAGCUCCCUCAUGUCAAAGUCCAUGCCUACUUUGCUCCUGUCACCCCGCCGACAGCAGUGGGAGGAAGUGGACAGCGGCUAUGCAGGUGCUGUGUCAUCCUCUGACAGCAGCUGCCCAGCCCAGGGCUUCAUGAGGUGUCCCUUCCUCCUGAGGACCCGAGUCUUUCUGACGCACUCCACCAUCAUCCAAAUCUGUUGAUUCUCCAUUGGGAAAGGCAUUUACAGAAUUAAAAACAGUGUAGAAGACGGCACACGAGAAGCUAAGGAUGUGGACCAUGAGGCCUCCUGCUUCUCCACAGAAAGCCCAGCUGUUUCCGGAACACGUGACGGUGCAGCAGCCCUUGUCUGCAAAGCGUCAGGCACAUCUGCAGUGAGCCCGAGUCUCGCAGGUCCUGCUCUACUACUGACUCAAGCCAAACACGGAUCAGGAAUAUCAGUGCUUUUACUUUGCUUCCCCAAACAAGGGUUUUUUCAUGUGUGUGAGUACAGAAACCUUUGCUUAGAAUUUGGAACUACAAUUAAGGUAAGACUACAGAGGCUCUAAAGCAGGGUUGCCAUACACUGCCCUACACUUGUUCUUUUAAAAUUAAAUUUUAUCAGAACAGCCGAGAAGGGCCACUGCCUCUCACCGCUGCCAGGACAACCCGGUGGUCCCCACUGACUCAGAAGGGCAGUGGCAGGAAGCCGAGUGCCCUGGCCCCCCAACCCCUGCCCGCCCAUACCCACCGUAGGGCGUGGCGCCGCCGCCGUCGCCCCCGCCACCCGCUGCCUGCUGCUGCCCCUGUGGCGCCGGCUGCUCGCGGCAGACGUAGAGGGUCAGGCGGGGCCGCACCGACCUGCAACCAGAAGACGGCGCUUGUGAGCCGGCGGGAAGGCCGCACGCGCAAGCGACAGCUACAAGAA